AUGCGCGACACUCCCUCCAAAUUCAUCGAGAUCCUCGAUCCACAGGACUCGCACUUGCGCAUGUCCGACUCGGACGUUCGUCUCGAGGACGUCCUCGCCGAUCACGAGGCGACUAUUAGUCGCCCGCGCUCUUCUACGCAAUCAUCCACCAAGGCAGACAAGUCGCAUCUUGCCCGGAAUAACUCUACGUCACCUACGCAACGGUGGAAGCGAAUUAGCAAUAUGCUAGUCCAGCCGCGACGUUCCUCUUGA